CGAGUAGUCCGAGCUUAGAUGAAACAAAAUCUAUUCGCAGGCAGUGGAUAUUGCAGUCAAUAAGGAAUAUUCGGCUACUUACCUGCUUUUAGCAUCCUUCAAUUGAUACAAGUCAUCUUUAGUGUCCAAAACUAAACAAAUCAAUGAUGUAUAAAGCUCUCAGUUGAGCUAAGUGAUGCAAAAGUUAAAGAAUUUGUGAAAAAAAUGUCAAAAAAGGCAGCAUAAGUCAAGAAACAGGAUAGAAAAAAUGCAUAAAAAUUUAGUAAUCCUCAUUUUACUCAACAUAGGAGCUUACAGUGCUGUGUCUGCAGCAAACAUGUCAAUAUGCACCUCAUCGCGAACAUGGCACGGCAAAACUGCAUGUCUUGUCAAAUCCCCUCACACAUGUCAUCGAGCUGAUGAAAUUUGCACACAAAAUGACAUGCAGCUUUACACAAUCAACGACGAUUUUGACAUGAUGCUCAUUUUUUACUUCACAACAAAGCAAUUUCGAGAGCAGAGCGUCGAGUUUUGGGUGAAAAUUUAUGAACAUGACGAGUGUGUGAGUCUGUCGAGUGUGAGGGGAAAUUUUAAUAUUAAAACUGACGGAUUUGAUCGUGAAAAUGAUGAAAAAUAUUUUUAUUGUGAAUUUAAAAGUAAACAUUUUAGUCUGUUGUGAAGUUUUGAAUAAAUUUUGAAAGUUAUUGCUUAUUCUUGAGUGCCCAAAGUGCUGCAUACAUUGAAUAUGUCCAUUGAAUUACUUUAACAAAUGUUUCCAAGUUGAUUUCGACAAUUUUCAUAGCUCUGACUUUUAAGUUCUUUUCAAAGUUCUGCUGGAGCACUAAAAGCUUCCUUUUGUCACUUAACUUGGAGUCUAGCCAGGUUGAGUUAAAGAGAUUUCUAAACAUUUUUUCAGAUUCUUGCUCAAUAAAGCUUCCAUAGCAACAAGGUGUGAAUAGUUUGAAAAGUCCGUUGAAGCCGAAGAAGAGAACGUUGAAUGACAUUCCGGAUAUGCCCUAAGAAUAAGAACAUAGUCUUAAAAUAUGGCUCAUAACCU